AUGACCUUCUUCUUGGACACGGCGGCUGCGCGAGGCCAACAGGUGCACAAGGGAUUGACCUCAAAAGAGGUCAACCUCUGGUGGCAGAAGGAGCCUACGCCGGAACCAGAGCCGGAUACGGUCCCACUUAUUCAGCCCAAUGACCCGGAUGUUACACCCGUCAGUAUUGACGCGCUUAUGCGACAGUUUGAACCACCAAAGGUUGAGCCUGCUCCAAAAAGUACGUCAUUCUACUUAUAA